AUGAAGCACAAAGCUUUUGCAGGUACUGGUCUCUCGUCUGACAGUGACAGUGACAGACACAUCCAAUCAGUCUGUGACAGCAAGCCCGCGGGGGUUCUCGAGCUCUACGUCAGGUUCUGCCAAACGGGUGACAAGCCGGAAUCGACAACGCCACGAAGCCAGGGUAGCGGUAAGGCAUCUGGCGAGAAUACGGACAAAUGGCCACUGGUUCUUCGGCUCCGUCUGGCGACGUAUCUGCCUCAAAACACAACACCCUCGCCAGGUAUGACGAGUCCAUGA